UCUGAGAAUCUACGUGUUUUUCUGGGGAAAGUGUCGCUUCGUGUGCGGACUGUUUCUCUGUUAGAGUGCGGACCGGAAGCGCAGUUUCUGCCGCAGUUAGCGGCUAAGGCUAGCGGAGCGGAGUUCUCGGUUAGGUCCUCCAGAACAGAGGACGGCGAGAGCACAACAGAGAUGUUUGAAAAUGUCCCAACAGUGUCCUCGACGGAGCGUCAGCAGGUGCUGGCAGCUCUGGAGCGUCUGCAGGCCAAACUGGUGCAGCGGGAGGAGUGGACCCACAGCGAUACCCUGGGAAACCUGCGGGAGACUCUGCAGAGCCCGCUCUUUAACCACAUCCUGACCCUUCAACACUCGAUCAAGCAGCUCCGCAGCCAGCUGAGCGCCAUGCCUCCCAACACCAGCAGCGAUUUCAGUUUCUCCAAAAAAGGUCAACUGAUCAUGAGCGUCGAUCCAGUCGGUGGCCCAGCCCCACCCACGCUGUCCGCGACCUCCUCCAUCCUCACCAAUGGCUCGUUUCCGCCCAAACGUCAGACUCCGCCCACACCUGACCUCCAGAAGUGGAUUCUUGAUGCUGCCAAGGGACGUCCCACUGACAUGGUCAGAUUGACUCGUCCUCUGACUGGCGGUUUGGGUUUCAGUGUGGUCGGUCUAAAUCCAACAGGAAGCAGUAGCCGCGGCGUCUUCAUCAAACAUGUCCAGCCCGGAGGAAUCGCUCACAGGGAUGGGCGUCUGCAGGAGCGGGACCAGAUCCUAGUGAUAAACGGCAGUCCUCUGGAGCCGGGCAUCAGCCAGCAGCAGGCGCUCUCCCUCCUGCAGCAGCCUGGAGAGACGGUGGAGCUGGUGGUGGCCAGAGGCUGCCCACCUGACCCAUCGUUGCCGCCCACAACACCAAUCAACACGGAUCAGUGGGACCACGUGGAGGAGAUCGAGCUGGUCAAUGAUGGAUCUGGUCUUGGUUUCGGCAUCGUGGGCGGGAAGACGUCCGGAGUGGUGGUCAGGACGCUGAUACGAAGCGGUGUGGCCGACAGGGAUGGGCGCCUCCGCACAGGUGACCACAUCCUUCGAAUCGGGGCAACACCUACCAGCGGCCUCACCAGCGACCAGGUAGUCCAGGUGCUGCAGGCGUGCGGGAGCCGCGUGAACAUGCUCAUCGCCAGAGACCCCCAAGGUCAACAAGCAGCAGCACCUCCUCCCCCACCACCUCCUGUCUCUGCCCCCGUUUCCUCUUUACCACCCCAAACCCCCGAGCUGCCUCCCCAGAACCCGCCCCAGCGGCGUUUCAGCAAGGCGCCCAAUCUGGAAGGAUACGAGAUCCAUGAGGUUACUCUCUCCAAGAUGGAAGGACAGAGCCUCGGCAUCUCCAUCGUCGGCUACAACCCUCUGACCAGCCAAGAUGCAGUCGGUGUGUUUGUCAAACACGUGGUUCCCGGCAGCGCAGCGGAUCAGAGUGGGAACAUCCAAGUCCAAGACCGACUGAUCGCUCUGGACGGCGUCAGUCUGCACGGUCUGACCAACCAGGAGGUUCAGGAGGUGAUGAAGCAGACGGGUCAGACUGUCAUUCUCACUCUGGUCAGGAAGAAAGCCAGAGCUCUGGAGAGAUCGUUGGAUAAAGUGGAGAGAGAGCCUUCUCGAGUUUCUCUCAGGAGGUCAUCGGAGGUCAAAGCUCACUUGUCUGAGUUUGGAUCCACGAUGAUGAAGCAGGAAUCAACAGACCUAAACUCAGCACAGCUAAACAGGGAGGCAGAACUGAGGGCUAAGUGGGAGCAGGCUCUUGGACCGAAUUAUCAAGUCCUGAUGGUGAAUUUGGAUCCCGUGAUCGAAGACGAUGAAGAGCUGCAGAAGUCAUCGAAGCUGCUGCCUGUCCACACUCUGCGUCUUGGGGUCGAGUUGGACUCCUUUGAUGGUCAUCACUACAUCUCGUCAGUGGCGCCCGGAGGCCCCGUCGACAGACACGGAGUCCUGAGACCCGAAGACGAGCUGCUGGAGGUGAACGACGUUCAGCUGUACGGAAAGUCUCGCAGAGAAGUGGUGUCGUUCCUCAAAGAGGUGCCUCCUCCGUUCACUCUGGUCUGCUGCCGACACCCGAUCGCCGACCUGGAACCAGAAUCCGAAUCUGAACCAGAACCAGUACUACGACUAGAACCGAAAGCAGGACCGGCCAGACAGUCGCAGCGGGGUGUGGAGGAGAUCGAGAUGAAGCUGUCAUCGAUGCUCUGCAGUCAGACGCUCCUGAGAGAUGAUAGCAGUGGCAGACAGGAGCAGGUCUCACCUGUAGAGGUGGUGCUGAGGGAGGAGCGGACCCACUACACCCAGGAAGAGGAUGAGGAAGAAGAAGAGGAGGAAGAUGAGGAGGAUGAGGACGGAGAGCUUGCUCUGUGGUCUUCGGACAUUCAGGUGUUGGAGCUGCAGAAAGAGCGAGACAAAGGCCUCGGCUUCAGCAUCCUUGACUACCAGGACCCGCUGGACCCCGGCCGAUGUGUGAUGGUGAUCCGGUCUCUGGUACCUGGCGGUUCAGCGGAGCUCCACGGCGGUUUGCUCCCCGGAGACCAGCUUGUGUCGGUCAACCGCACCCAGCUGGACAUGCUCAGUCUGGCCGAGGCUGUGGAGGUUCUCAAGUCUGCUCCGCCUGGUACGGUCCGCCUGGGUAUCCGGAAGCCUCUGGUGGUGGAGGCACCAGAGAGGAGGAGAGAGGACAGCAGCACAUCACUACCUGUGGCAAAGGGUUUCAGUGAGGCCGCCAUCCUUCCACAGAGCCUUCAUCUGGAGGAGGAGGAGGAGCCAGAGCUGAUCCUGGAUGCUCUCCCUCGCUACGCCACCUCCUCUCUGACCUCUGACCUCCGGCCAGAGGAGGAAGGCAGGGAGAUGGGUGUUGAUGAAGAGGAGGUAGAGCCGGAGGGCAGUGUGAGCCCCGCCCCCAGGAAACCCCCUCCAUCUUGGGAAGAGUGGAAGUUGGCCUCCCUUACCCGAGCUGGGGGGGCAGAGGAGGCCUGGAGCAGAGAGAUGCUGGAGGAGGAAGACCUGCAGAGAUCGGACCGUGAAAGCAUUGCGUCUGUGGGAAAGCUGAUUCUGGGUCUUCCAGACUCCAGAGACAGCGAAGCAGACUCUGAGCUGACUCUGACGGACACUGACACCGAGUCUGUCAGGAGGAUUGAUACUGCGAAGAGGAAGAGGCGGAGCCAGGGGGGAGCCUCUCUGCCAAUCAGAGGAGGCCACAGUGACUUGCCUGAAAGAGAGGAGGGGGAAGGACAGGAAACACCUGCCUUCAGCCACUGGGGACCGCCCCGCAGGGUGGAGGUGUGGCCUGAGGAGGGUCAGUCUCUGGGUCUGAGCAUCGUCGGAGGUCGCCAUGUCAUCAAGCGACUGAGGAAUGGAGAGGAACUGAAGGGAAUCUUCAUCAAGCAGGUUUUACCCAACAGCCCCGCCGCCAACACCCACUGUCUGAAGACCGGGGACAAGAUCUUGGAGGUGUCAGGUGUUGACUUGCGAGCUGCCAGUCACGAGGAGGCGGUCAACACGAUCAAAUCUGCCCCGAGCCCCGUUGUCUUCAUCGUCCAGAGCCUGACAGCAACUCCACGGCCCAUGUCUCUGACAGCUUCAACCAUCAGCAAAUCCCAAACGAAGAGGAUGGAGUCUCCGAAAUCAGAGGUAGUGCUGCCCCCCCCGAGACAGCCCCCACCCUACAGGCCUCCCAGCUACUCAGACAAGGAGCUAAACUCUGACUUGGAGGAGGCCAAAGAGCGGUGGUGUGAGCGUUAUGGAGACCUGCGAGGGGAGCUGCUAUGCGUGGAGCUGGAGAAGGAACGGCAGGGUUUGGGCCUCAGCCUGGCGGGGAACAGAGAUCGCUCCCGCGUCAGCAUUUUCGUGGUCGGGCUCCAUCCCGGGGGGCCGGCUGCCCGCGACGGGCGCAUUCAGAUUGGAGACGAGCUUCUGGAGAUUAACAACCAGAUUCUUUAUGGGCGGAGCCACCAGAACGCCUCAGCCAUCAUUAAGAGUGCCGCCUCCAAGGUGAAGCUCAUCCUGCUCAGAAACGACGAUGCAAUAAACCAGAUGGCCGUCCCUCCCUUCCCCUCUCCCCCUCCACCACCCUCCCUCAGCCCAGCCAGCCCUGAGUGUAUCUCGCCCACCCUGCUCAGUGGAUCCACCCCCUCUGACGGGCCCUGCCCCCCCGACAGCUUGACGCUCCACCCGCUGUCGGACGCGCCGGACGAGCCAAGCGACGAAGCCGAGCAGAACAGCAGGAGCAGGAACAGCGUCCCCGAGAGUCUGAGAGAGGCCGACACUUUCAGAAAGAGGCUGAAAGCUGCAGAGUCUCCAGAAAAUGAGCUGCAGGCUACACUGGAGCAGCAGUCACACAGUAAACGGAUGGCAGCUUCUCCUCUGAUCAGCCCCGAUCAGCACAGAGACCCAACCUGCUGCGCUGUGGUUCCUGGUCAGGAGACACUGCUCGAGAUCUGCAAAGGUCGAUCUGGACUGGGACUCAGUAUAGUGGGAGGAAGAGACACACAGCUGGAUGCCAUCAUGAUCCACGAGGUGUACGAAGAAGGAGCUGCAGCCAGAGAUGGGCGUCUGUGGGCCGGAGACCAGAUACUGGAGGUGAAUGGAGUGGAUCUCCGCGGGGCGUCCCACGAGGAGGCAAUCGCCGCCCUGCGUCAGACACCGGCUAAGGUCCGUCUGACAGUCCUGAGGGACGAGGCUCAGUACAGAGACGAGGAGAACCUAGACGUCUUUAAGGUGGAGCUGCAGAAGAAGAGCGGCAGAGGGCUGGGGCUCAGCAUCGUCGGGAAGAGGAGUGGCAGUGGUGUGUUUAUCUCAGAGGUGGUCAGAGGGGGCGCCGCUGAGCUGGACGGCCGGCUGAUGCAGGGAGAUCAGAUUCUGUCAGUGAACGGUGAUGACGCGAGACAUGCCUCCCAGGAAGCCGUGGCUGCCAUUCUGAAGUGUGCUCGGGGUCCUGUCCUGUUGGAGCUCGGCCGACUCAAAGCUGCCUCCUGGAUCACAUCCAGACGUAACUCACAUGGGAGCCAGAUGAGUCACGCCAGCACAAACAGCUCAGGCGUUCCAGCUCCAUCCCUCACACAGUCCCCUGAGCCAUCUGACCCCCCAACCUCAAGCCUGCCCCUCAAUAACAAUGCCGAGCCCACUGGUGAAAUCACUUCCUCCACCUCAGGGCUCGACGAAGGCAUCCGAACAGUGGAGAUCACCAGGGGUCUUGGCGACUCCCUUGGGGUGAGUGUAGCAGGAGGGAAGGGCAGUCCUCUGGGUGACAUCCCCAUCUUCAUCGCCAUGAUUCAGGCCAGUGGAGUCGCUGCUAAAACCCACCAGCUCAAGGUGGGAGACAGGAUCGUCAGUGUUAACGGGCAGUCUGUGGACGGCCUGUCUCACAGCGAGGUCGUGGCCAUGCUGAAGAACAGCUACGGAAACAUCAGCCUGCAGGUGGUGGCGGACACCAACAUCAGCGCCAUCGCCUCACAGGUGGAAAGUCUGACCAGCAGCUCCAGUCCAUCAGACAACACUGACACACACACAGCAGAGCCUGACGGUCCACGGCCUCGCAGCAUCAGCCUAGAAAAAGGUUCAGAGGGGCUCGGCUUCAGCAUCGUUGGUGGCUUCGGCAGUCCGCACGGAGACCUGCCGAUCUACGUGAAGACCGUCUUCAGCAAGGGCGCGGCAGCGGUAGACGGGCGUCUGAAACGAGGCGAUCAAAUCCUGGCGGUGAAUGGAGAGAGUCUGCAGGGAGCGACGCACGAACAGGCCGUUGCCAUCCUGAAAAAACAGAGAGGAACGGUCACGCUGGAUGUCCUGUCAUAACACACGUCUGCUCACACACCUGCACACACACACGGAGCUCCUGCUGCGACGCACACGCUGAGACUCCUGGACAACAACUCUGAUAGUCACUCUGAACCCCAACACGCAAAAAAUUGACAAAAGAAACGGUGUCACACACACGCACGCACACACACACACACACACACACACGCGCGCGCACACUUCCUGUGCACGGGUUGGUGGGUUUUGGCCGUCUUUACAUGUUAAACAGAGCUUCUCAACCUCUGGGUCAAGGCGCCACAUUGGGUCUCAGCUGAUGUGUUCGUGCUUGCUGUUUGGAUCUAAAGUAAACUUCCCGCGCUGUAGUUUUCACGCUGUAAUAUUUAAUCCUUAAACAGGCAUGCCCACGCUUUCUAAAAUACCACAAAUCAAAGAGCUCCUAAACAAAUAAUAAAGUGUAGUUACCUGGCUCUUGUCCACCCGCUUGGACUGCAGUUGGUGGUCCUUCCAGAUGCGCUUGGGGAGCAGUAACUCAUCUUUGGAGCGCUGCUGGUGAGUUAUUUUUUUGAAAAGAAAAAAAAAGCAUCUGUAGAAUCAGCAGUCACACCAGAGCACUGACAUCUGCCCUCAUCUUUACUACAAUAACGAGCAGGUCGGUCUGACACCACCCAGCUCAAGCUGUCCUCGACUGUGCAGCAACAUGAGUGGCUCAUUUGUUUCUCACUGGGUGCUGAUUGGCUGAUUUUGCAGUUAAAGCAGUUUUCCAGAACCGGGACGACCAUCAUCAAGGAUGUGUAAGUGGAGUCUGCCCAAGGGUAGCUGAACCUGGUCAGCCUGCCUAGUUCGAGAGAAUGAGAACGAGAAUGAAUUAAUUGAUCGCUAAUAAACUGAUCUCGCACCAUGUUGUUCUCAGGUAGAGAUAAAAACGAGUCAGCUGAUAUCCUGUAGCAUCAAUUCUGUCCUGUAAUCGUGGAACCGACCCGACCCAACUAUAAAAUCUGAUGUCAUAACCCAGAACCAGGUUGAGAAGCUCUGCUGUUAUUUAUCCUUUGAUCGACACAACACUUCGUACUGACGGAGGGAUGGCCAAAUCAGCCUGCACUAACUGAGACACGGACUGAUGGGAAACCUUUCACGGAUGGAACCAGAGGAACAAAAAGGGAAAGAUGUGGCUGAUGUUAGCCUAGCAUCUCUUCUGUGGUCCACUGUUAGCCGUGUAGUAGCCGUUAUUGUAAAAGUGAAGACCAAUGUGGAGCGUAACGCCGCUGACUGUCAGCUUCCCUUUUUUUUUUUUUUCUGCCAUCACAACCAGCCAAACAUGAAAGAAACAGCUGCUAGCCUUUAGUUUCAUCCUCAUAUUGGCUCUAUACCUGUGAUUUUCCACUCAAAACCUUUUUUUUAAUUUUUAAGAACUUUCAUUUGGGUCUAAAAGCACUUUUUCACCGCAGGAACUCACGCAAUGCACAAUCUGGAGCAAACAUUUACAAGAGCAGGCUCCAGUGGUCCUUUCAGACUUUAACAAAUCAGCAUGCACCACACCCAGCAGUAAAGGAAGCCGAGCCAGAAAGCACGAUGUUUCCCUAAACCUAAUCGAACUGCCAGGUCUCCUGGCAGUUAGACCCUGGGUCCUGCUGUGGAAAAGGUUCGUGUUUAGAUCUGAAAAUUACAGUCAUCGUUGGGUUUUAAUUACUGUUUUGUUAUUUUGUCAAGUAUUGAGCAAGAAAAGUGGCCAAAAACCUCCUUAUGAAAAAAUAUAAACCUGUAAGAGCUGAAAUCUCUAAACUUGUUUCCACAUAAAUCGUAGAAGAUGUGAACAGACUAAUAACACAAAGUCUGUCUAGAAAUGAGGAAACUGUUUUUUGCCAACAUCGCCAUCUAAUAGAAAAUGUUCUGUCCUAAAAACCUGCAAACUUUUCAAUCAAAAUCUGGAAAAUGAAAACAGUGGGCGUGAAGCUCAUUAAAAUAUCCCUUCGUAACAGAGGUAUAUUUAUUUUUGAUUCCUUUUUAUUUAUUCGAGUGCUUCCACUGAAUUUCUUUUGUUUAGCCAAACAUGUUAAACGGUGCCAUCAUGUGAUACCAUCACAUAUCCUCUGUUUUCACGUACGCUGACUGCUGAACAGAGCACACACAAGCAUACCGAUGUGAAAUGUGAAACUCCUGCUAUCUUCCACUGAGUUCGUGCAACACUUUAUAGAACAUGUAAACAUGUCUGUCUCCAUGGAGAUGACUCUCAGGACUUGGUGGGUAUGGAGACUCCUGUCGCCCCUGGCAACAGAUACAGCGUCUUCCACAUUGUAGUUGAAGCAGACGUGAAUAAAAGCAUCGGGCCGACGUUCAGUGAAAUCCUCGCGUUCUCCGUCUUUAUCAACAUGUUCUUUUCUUUGCUGCGGUCAGUCAUAGCCGCAAUCUGCAUGAGGAGGUGUCAACUAGCGACCACAAGCAACCUCCUGCAACCGGUGGUUACCAUGGCGUUCCUGACCGGUCUUUAGGCCUGUGCAACUGCGUUCUGAACCCUCUCACCUCUGAGUAUAAGCAAAGAAUAUCAGCUGUUUUCACUCAGGUGUGCAUAAAAGUCCACACUGAGCAGCUUUUUUCUGUUUUCUUCUCCAUGAGGAGUCUGUCCUGUGUUACCAGCUCUGUAAAACAGCAGAAGCCAACCUGAGAAAGUGUGGAAACUGGAGAAGAGCUUUCCCCAGAGCUGCCACAUUCCUUCAAAUUCAGGUCUGCUGGUGGCAGAUAACUGCAGCUAUCUGCAACCGCAAAUCUGCAAGUUGCAAAUUGCAACCAAUAAACUUCUAAUAUUAAUUCGCAUCCAGAUCUUCUCAUUCAACAAAUAUGAGUAGAGCUCUCAGUUUAAUCCCUUUCAUUAAAUAUCCAGUAUUUGUGAGCAGCUGUCCUGAAGUGCUAAGAAACUCAGAGUUCGUUUUAGACUGAGAACACGACGAUCCAACUGAAUGUCAGCAUUUUGCUUUGAAUGGUUUCCUACUGUGCAGGUAGCUGUUUGUGGCUGCGCAUCUUCGUCUGACUCAAGUGUUUAGCAGCAGCUGAGCACCGGCCUCAGCAGCAUCCUGUACUUUAUACAUAUCAAUCAAGUGCAAAAUACUUUAUGUUCAACUUUUACUUUGUCAUGAUUAUUGUCUUAAUUUUUUGGUACUUCUUAUGCAAAUGCCAGAGUAGAUGAAAUCUAAUUUAUUUUUGAUCUUGUUGAGAAUUAACAAUGUAUUUUUGUUGCUGUUAUGUUGUUAUGAGCACUAAUAUGUCCGAAUGUCAGAAAUCAGAGUGGAAACCUGCAGCUUUGGUCUGCUAGCGCUCCUUGUUAUUCUGCAUCAUUUCUUAAUCAUGUUCUCAGAAGUUGUUGAGAAAAUUUGUUUGAUUUCAAAUAAAUAACAGAU